GUGAUAGAUGCUGCAUGGAUAUAACAACUGCAUAUCAAUUUAACGUUGUGUCUUUCAAGUUAACAAUGUCUUGUUAGAGGGAAAUAUGAGUUUCUCUCUGAAUUGGUCAUUGAUCUUCCUUUAUUUGAACUGCAGUUAAACAGUGACAACACAAGUCAGCCCCUCCUCCUAGUCUUUUUCUACUUUAUAAAUGUGCUUUAUUUAGAAGUCAUCGUACUUUUAGAAUUGUUUCUGACCGCUGGCCUCCAAUAUGGGUUGUAGACUGCACUUCAGUUGGUUCGCUAUGCUGGUUUUCUCUCCUUUUCAUAUGGGAGUUUCUAUUCAGUGUUCUCUGGAGAAAAUGGACAUUUUGGGAGGUCAUUACACUCUAACCAAGGGGCAGGACAAAGGCAGUACACUGAUCUACCAUUGUCCUGAGAACCACUAUGCCUAUCCUGAUACGGCUCGUCUGUGCCAGGCGAGUGGGAGAUGGAUCCCUGCCCGAAGUAGACCUCCAAAAUGCAAGGUGAUUGAAUGCCCACAACCAAAGUUAGAAAAUGGAGUUUUCACACCUUCCCAAAACACAUACUUAUGGAACAACAUGAUCACUUCUGAAUGUUAUUCUGGCUACACUCUGCGUGGGUCUUCCAGACGUGUCUGCCAGUCCAGUGGAAAGUGGAGUGGAAGCACACCAGUUUGUGUCAGCAGUUCUGAAGAUUAUUGUCCAAACCCAGGAAUACCUGCAGGAGCAACACGUUCAGGGAUUUCAUUUGGCGUUGAUGACAAAGUCACUUACAGCUGUGACGCUAGAUUAUAUAUGAUUGGGUCAAAUGAGCGGACAUGUUUAGAGAAUCACCAGUGGUCUGGGGCCGAACCUAAAUGUUACUUCCCACAUACUUAUGACACACCAUUGGAGAUUGCAAAGGCUUUUGGAUCUUCCAUUAGUGAAACCCUAAAUGAGUUGGAUGAUGGCAGUAAAGUGGGAAAGAAAAUAUCUCUCGAUGAACAAGGACUUCUUAACAUCUUUAUAGCGAUGGAUGUCUCUCUGAGCAUAGACAAAAAGGACUUCCUUAAUGCAAAAGAGGCUGUGAAGCUACUUAUCAAAAAGAUUGCUUCCUUUGAAGUCACUCCAAAAUAUCACAUUGUGUUUUUUGCAUCUGAAGUUAUGAAGGUUGUAGAUAUAGCAGAAUCUGAUGGAACAACGAUUGACGUCUUGAGAAAAUUAGAUCAAUUUGAUGGACUGAUAGAGAGUUUUGGCACAGAUCUCAGUCUUGCCUUCAAGGCCAUCGGCGAACAAAUAAACAUCUUUGAAGUACAAGCUAUCAAGAAGAACGACAAAAAGAGUUUUGAAGAUCAGAAACAUGUGAUCAUCAUGUUCACUGACGGUCAAUAUAACAUGGGAGGUGACCCUAAACCACAGGUGGACAUAAUUAAGGAAAAAGUGUAUAUGGGCAAUCAGAAGGCAAGAGACUCCCAUCUUGAUAUUUAUAUCUUCGGUGUUGGAGAUAUUAUCUUCCCGCAUAACAUUAAGGAUUUAGUAACUGUAAAACCAAAUGAACAGCACUAUUUCAAGGUGCAAGGAGGGUUGACAGGGCUGAACGAAACAUUUGAUAAAAUCAUAGAUUCUGAUAAACUUUUGCAUUUAUGUGGCGUAUACAAUCGGACCAAUGAUAAAACAACAUACCCAUGGGCAGUAAACAUUCAUGUUACGAGACCAGACAAGACUCAGAAUUGCCUUGGAUCAUUGGUUGCUGGUAAAUUCGUCUUGACAGCAGCCCACUGCUUCCAGUUUGACGACCAACCUGAUGACAUAAAGGUUGAUAUUGGAACAAAAAAAGGCCUAAAAGUAGAAAAAUUCACAUUUCACGAAAAAUAUAAUAUCUCGGCAAAAGUUCCGAAAAUAAAAGAGUUCUAUGACUAUGAUAUGGCUCUCAUUGAACUGAAAAAGGAGGUGAGGUACUCAGCGGAAGUAAGAAGCAUUUGCGUUCCCUGCACAAAGGAAACAAAUAGAGCACUAGGCAAACAGCUUCACCUCACCUGCAAAGACCAAGAGCAGCUCCUUUUUUCCAAAAAUUUUGAGGAAGUACAUUUCCUAUCAUUCGACGAAAACAAGUUUGCGGAGAAAACAGCAUAUGCUCUACUUCAUGAUUUAAGAGACAACUGCAUUAAACCUGCCACAAAGGCUAAGGAUGUAAAUACAGAUGAUCCUAAAGAUGUUGUGACGGACAGCUUCCUGUGCACAGGAGGAUCCACCGGACGACAAGAGCAUAUUGCCUGUAAAGGUGAUUCUGGUGGUGCCGUCUUCAAGGAAUAUGAAUUUCGCGUUAUCCAGGUUGCACUUGUCAGCUGGGGCAACAAGGAUUUGUGCUAUGGCCAAAGAGAUAAGAUGCAGAAAGCACGAGGGGACUCCAGAGAUUUCCACAUAAAUCUCUUUAGAAUGAUACCUUUUCUCAAGACACAUCUGGGUUCAGAAUUGACAUUUUUAGAGGAAUAAAUACAUUGAUUUGUGCCUGUUCCUUUUUCCACAUCUUAAACUUAUUUGAUGGUGUAAACUGUUUUCCUUCUUUGACUGAUUGGCAAACAAAUAUAGUUGUUGUACUUUUUUAUAAUUCAAGAGUUAAAUGGGUUUCAUACCCAAU